AUGGCGCCGCAACGCGCCUUGCCUCUCGCAGGAGGCGCGGCGACUCCACUGCCUGAGCGCCUUGGUGUCAUGGUGCCGCUGCUGCUGCUUCUGCUCUUCACCACCGCCGCCACCACAACCACCCUGGCGGACCCGCGCCUUCCGCCCUUGCCGGAAGGCUGCCACCGCUUCGGCCUCCGCUUCUGCAGCAUCUUGCGCGCCGUCUCCUCCCUCGCUGCCAGGGCCACAGGCCGUCAGCAGGCCGCCGCUGGUAACCACCAGCGUGGCGAAGCUGCUGGCUCGUCGCGGCCUCAGCAGGACCCUACGAAUCCGAGUCGAUACUCUGGCUACGCUGGAGGCGAGGGCGACGAGACCAGCAUUGGCGUCGGCGGUACUACGGCCGUCGCCCGUGCCGGUCCCCGCAACGGUCUCAACCGUCGCAGCAGCAGGCGUGCGGCGUUGUCGACGGUGGUUGCGCCUCUGGCGACGUGCUCCGCGUCGACGCUCUCCGGCUACACGUCGUCAGUCGCCCUCGGAUCACUCAUGAAGCUGCACUGGCAGGUGACGAGCGGCUCCACCAUCCAGCUGGCAGUCACGGCGUCAGGCGCCGCCAUCACGGGGUGGUUCGGCAUGGGCUUCGGAACAGCGCUCAAGAUGUUCCCCGCAGACUGCGUGAUUGGCAACCAGGCGGCCACGCCCAUUCCUGUGGGCACCUACAACUCCUCCAGCUACUCCUCCGUCAAGCUCACCACCGCCUUCACCAUUGGCAGCAAGGCCUAUACCACCUCCGGGACCACCGCCACCAUGACCUUCACGCGUACCACCGGGGAUGGUGGCGCGGUGCCCGUGCUCGUCAGGGGCGUCAACAACAUCAUCUGGGCCUACAGCGGCUCCUCCACCUCCGUCGGCAGCCACAGUACUAGUCUACCCCGCUCUCUACCUCUCUCUCAACCUCUCACACUACGUCUCUCUUCUCUACCUUUCUCCACCUCUCUCUCUACCUGGUCCAUGGUAUCUACCCCUUGCUUCUCCUCUUUAUCCCCCCUCUCUCUCUCGUCGAUGGUCUUUAUCUUCUCCCCUCUCCUCAUGUACCCACCCCUUGCCUCGCCUGUUCUUUUCCCCACGCCCGUGUCCAUCUCUCUUUCUCGCCAGGGGAACAGUCACAGCCGACUUCUCCUGCAAUGGCACCCCUCCACCUCCGCCACCCCCCUCUCCUCCGCCACCUCCUUCCCCUCCGCCGCCUCCUAG